AUGCGCGGGAAUGGUUCCAUUAUGGGGAAUGGAAAGAUCAAAGCGCAUAAUUCAGGAUCUGGACUAAAUGAUAUUAAUAGUUCUUCUAUAAUUGACUCAGAAGAAGACUCAGAAUACGAAAGAUUAGCAGGGAAAAACAGUAUUUCGAAAUCUAGAAGCAGUAGUACUAUGAAAUCGGCAUUGCAAAUCGAUGACGACGAUGUUCUUUCAUUUGAACAGUCAGCAUCUUCAAAAUUAGAUUCAACUGAUCCAAAUAGUAAUAUAAAUUUACGUUCAGCAAGUUCUCUUAUUAAAACAAUUGGAAAAUACAUCGAUUUCGAUGAUGAAUCAGGGUCUCCUUCCCAUGAAAAUACACAAUCAAAUAAUAAUUCAAGUAAUUCGAAGAGCAAACUUAGUAUUUUAGAACAAGCAAGGAGAAGUGGGUUAUUAAAUGAACCUCAUCGAGAAAAAGUAAGUUUUGAAACUGAUUCAUCAAAAUCUAAGAGCGAUUCAACAUCUCCAGAUCAGCGUUCCAAAGCUGAUAUUAAAGAUUCACCGAAUACUUCGAAAAAUUCAGUUGGAUCAAUGAAUUCUUCAAAUGAUUUCAAAACUCCAGGGAAAAAUCACUCUUCUAUGCAAGGAAAUUCAUCGUUGGUAUUUGAUGAUUCAUUUGUCCAAGAUAAAUCAGCAAUUCGAAAACAAAGUGAUCUAGAAAAUGACGAAAACUCAAAUCUCUCAUCAAAGGCGGAGUCAUUUACUGAUUCAUUCGAUUCAUCUUUUAUACAAUCACCAAGAAAUUCAACAGCAAAAGAAGAAAAUUUAGAUCCAUUGCAUGACGCAUCAGAAAUCAAAAAAUCUCCGCCAGAAAGCAAAAAUAAAGAUUCUCCGGAGGAUUCAUUUAACUCUUCAUUCAUUUCUGGCCCAGAACAACAAAAUUCCGGAAAUCAGCAUCUUGAAAGUAACAUUCAGUCAUUUAUUUCAUCAUUUGGAGAUGAUUCAGCAUCACAUAAGUCUACAGAGAAGCCAAAUAUACCUGCUCUACCAUUAAAUUCCUCAAAUAAAAAAUCUGAUGAAAAUUCACAGAAAAAUUCUGCCGAUUUUGAGAGUCAGUCAUCAAAAAAGUCUAACUCAUCUAAAGGCAACAAGAAAUCAGACACUUUUGAUGAUUCUUUUGUUUCAAUUGAAUCAUCAAAAUCGAAAACACCCAAAAAAGCAAGUUCUUUCGGAGAUUCAUUCAACGAAACAAUUGGAUUAACAAGUUCUAAGAAAUCUAAACAAAAAGACUCAUUUGAGGAUUCCUUUGAUUCAGUUCCUUCAAAAAAGUCAUCGAACAAAGGAAAAUCAGAUAGUUUUGAAAGCGAAAAAUCUUCAAAAGCUAAAAAAAUUUCGACAAAAAGUGACACUUUUGAUGAAAGUUUCAUAAGUGAAAUUUCCGCUGUGAAAAACAAAGAAGAAAACAGUUUUGACGACUCUUUCAUUUCUACAAAUUCAAAGAAAAGUCAAAAACCGAAAAGUGACAAAAGUGAAGUGAACAAUAAGGUUGAAACAAGUUUUGACGAUUCUUUCAUUUCUACAAGUUCAAAGAAAAGUAAUAAAUCAAAAAGUGACAAUAAUAAAAAAGACAAAAGUGAAGUGAACAAUAAAGUUGAAACCAGUUUUGAUGAUUCAUUUAUUUCCGAAAUUUCAACCAAAAAUGACAAAAGUGAAGUAAAAAAUAAAUCAGAAAACAGUUUCGACGACUCUUUUAUUUCUACAAGUUCCAAGAAAACUCCUACAACUAAAAACAACAAAAGUAAAGUAAGUAACAAAGUUGAAACAAGUUUUGAUGAUUCUUUCAUUUCUACAAGUUCCAAGAAAAGUAAUAAAUCAAACAAAAGUAAUAAAUCAAAGAAAGAAGAAUCUAGUUUUGGAGAUUCCAGUUUUGUUUCUUUUGCUUCUGAAGCGAAAAAGUCAUCAGUAAGUUUCAAUAAAAAAUCAUCUUCUUCAUUUGAAAAAGGAGAUGUUUCUAGUGCUUUCAUCACUGAAUCAUCUAAAAAUGAUGAAAGUGACUUUAUUUCAACUGUUAACUCAGAAAAGAAAUCAUCAACAGUAAAUAAUGAUUCGGAUGACUUCGUUUCAACAAUUAAAUCAGAAAAGAAAUCAUCAAACAACGAAAGUGACUUCAUUUCUACCGAAAAAAGUGACAAAAACGAAUCAGAUGACUUUGUUUCUACAAUUAAGUCAGAAAAGAAAUCUUCUAAUGAAUCAGAUGAUUUUGUUUCUACAAUUAAGUCAGAAAAGAAAUCAUCAAAUGAUGAAAGUGAUUUUAUUUCUACUGAAAAAAGUGACAAAAAGUCAGAUAAAAGUCAGAAAUCAUCAAAUGAUGAAAGUGAUUUUGUUUCCACAAUUAAAAGUGAAAAGAAGUCAGGAAAUAGUUCUGUUGAAGGAGAGAGUGAUUUUAUUUCAACUGUUAAAAGUGAGAAAAAGUCAUAUGAUGAUGAUUUUGAGUCUAUAAUUAAAUCAGAAGAAAAUACAGAGUUGUUUAACGAUUUAAGUGUUAUUUCUCAACCUUCUGAAUCAUCAAAUAAAUCUGAAACAACAACUGACAGCGUUGAUUUCAUUUCUACAAUUAAGUCAGAAAAGAAAUCAGAUGAAGAUGAUGAUUUCGUCUCAACCAUAAAAUCAGAAAAGAAAUCAAGUAAUGACUCAGAUGACUUUGUUUCGACAAUUAAAUCAGAGAAAAAGUCAAGUAAUGACUCAGAUGAUUUUAUUUCAACAAUUAAAACAGAAGAUAAUUCAAAGAAUGAAUCUUCUGAUUUUGUUUCGACAAUUAAAUCAGAAAAGAAAUCAAGUAAUGACUCAGAUGAUUUUAUUUCAACAAUGAAAACAGAAGAUAAUUCAAAGAAUGAAUCUUCUGAUUUCGUUUCAACAAUUAAAAGUGAAAAGAAAUCAUCAAACGAUGAAAGCGACUUUGUUUCAACCAUUAAAUCAGAAAAGAAGUCAUCAAAUGACUCAGAUGAUUUCGUCUCUACAAUCAAGUCAGAGAAGAAUUCAAGUAAUGGAGAAAGUGAUUUUGUUUCAACAAUAAAAUCAGAGAAAAAGUCUUCUAAUGAUUCAGAUGAUUUCAUCUCUACAAUUAAAAGUGAAAUAAAAAACGAUGACGAAAGUGACUUUAUUUCAACUAUAAAGAGUGAAAAGAAAUCAUCAAAUGACUCAGAUGACUUCGUAUCAACUAUAAAAUCAGAGAAGAAGUCAAGUAAUGAUUCAGAUGAUUUUGUUUCUACAAUCAAAAGUGAAAAGAAAUCAUCAAAUGAAUCUUCUGAUUUUGUUUCAACAAUUAAGAGUGAAGUGAAGAAUGAUGAUGAGUCAGAUUUUGUUUCUACAAUUAAGAGUGAACAAAAAUCAGAUGAAGAUGACGAAGUUGACUUUGUUUCUACAAUUAAAUCAGAAAACAAAUCAGAAGAUGAUGACGAUGAUUUCAUUUCAACAAUAAAAUCGGAGAAACAAUCAACUUCAGGAGAUAUAGACUUUGUUUCAACAAUUCAAAGCGAAAAAACAAAAACAACUUCUGAUUUUGUAUCAACUAUCAAAAGUGAAGUAAAAAGUGACGAUGAAAGUGACUUUGUUUCUACAAUUAAAAGUGAGAAAAAUACAGAGGAAACAGAUGAUUUCAUCUCAACAAUUAAAUCAGAAAAACAAUCAACAUCAGGAGAUGUAGACUUUGUUUCAACAAUUAAAUCAGAAAAACCUUCUGAUGACGAUGAUGACGAAGUUGAUUUCGUUUCUACAAUUAAAUCUACUCCAAAAAGUGACAAUUCAAGUGAAUUCAUUUCCGAGAUUGUUUCUACACAAAACAAAGAUGAAUCAAGCGAUUUCAUUGCAACAAUAAAAAGCGAAAGAAGGGUGGAAAGUGAUGGAUUUAUUUCGACAAAGAAAACUUCAAGUGAAUUCAUUUCUACAAUAAAAUCAGAAAAAACUCAACCAGAAAGUGACUUCAUUUCUACUAUUAAAAGUGAGAAGAAAUCAUCAGAUUCAGAUUUUGUGUCUACUAUUAAAAGUGAAGAAAAGAGUGAUGAUGAAAGCGACUUCAUUUCUACUAUUAAAAGUGAGAAGAAAUCAAGUGAAAAUUCUGAUUUUAUUUCGACUGUAAAAAGUGAAGAAAAAAGCGAUGACUUUAUAUCAACAAUUAAAAGUGAUAAGAAAACAACAGAAGAAUACAGUUCAUUUAUUUCAACUAUAAAGAGUGAAAAGAAAUCAAGUGAAGAUUUCGAUUCUUUUGUUUCUACUCCAAAAUCAUCAAAGAAAGGAGUAAGUUUUGUUUCUUCCUCCAAAAAUUCUCCAGAAGAAAGUUUUGUUUCUUCUAAAAAAGAUGAUUUCGAAAGUGA